AUGCGGGGACAAACCAUUGCCGUUGAAAAGAAAAUCAAGUACCUGGGCAUUGUACUCGACCACAGGCUGCUGUGGAAUGCUCACGUUGAAUACAUCACCGAGCACACAGGACACAUCUGCAACACCUUUGCUAGCAUUGCUCGUGGACGCUGGGGCCUGGCCUCUGAGGCCAUGGAUGCCAUUUACAACCAAAUCUUUGUCCCCAUAAUUACCUAUGCCUGUGGCAGCUGGGGAUGGUCUACCUGCAGGGUUCACAUUAAAAGAAAACUCAUCGCCGCACAACGCAAAGCCCUCUUGCACAUUACGAGGGCCUAUAGAACGACACCCAACUCCUCUCUUCAAGUCCUGGCAAGAAAAAUGCCCAUUGACAAACAUAUCUCCCUACAAACUAAAGUUUGGCAUCUUAAAUGGGGCAGCACUAUCCAUACAGCUACACAGGAAAUUAACCAUCACGACCUCGAGUGCGCCAUCCACUUCUCUCGUUCCAAUCACCCUGCUAUCCCUAAUAAAUUAAACUUCUUCCAGCCUGAGCAUACCGAUUUAACAGUCUAUACUGAUGGGUCUAAAUGUAACAAUAAUGUUGGUAGCGGUUUUGUCGCCUACCUAAACAACACCGAAAUUGCGUCUGAGCGGUACAGACUUGGUGCAGACUGUACCGUCUUUCAGGCGGAAAUGUACGCGAUAAGCAUGGCCGUGGCUUGGACUGCCUCGAACUAUGAUUCCCAGACUGUUACUAUCAUCACCGACAGCGAGUCCUCUAUUGCAGCCUUAAAAAACCAUUGUGACCACCCCAUCUCCACCAGCAUCCAUAGUGACAUCAACAAAUCCAGCAACAUUUACUCCAUCUACUGGACUCGUGCCCACCAGGGCACUCUCGGUAACGAGAGGGCCGAUGAACUCGCAAAGAGCGCCUGUGAAGACAACAACCUUCCAAUUGUCUACAGCAAGAUCAAUAUUAAAACUAUAAAAAACAUCAUUCGCAACGACCUCCUCGAUCUUUGGCAGGAGGACUGGGACAGACAAAAUCAUCCCAUCACCCAUCAACUCAUUCCUAACAUCAAGACCUUCCUUGCUAUCCCCUGGUAUAGACCGACCCAACGUACCAGCCAAUUUCUUACCAAUCACGGACGCUUCUAUUCCUACCUGGCUAGAUUUGUUAACUCUCCAACCUUCAGCUGUUCCCUUUGCGAUGUCGAAGACGGCUGCCUUCACUAUCUACUCACCUGCCCAAUGCUUGAGCUUGAGAGACACCUUCUUCGCACCUCCAUGGAGACACAUGGUUAUCACUGGCCUGAAAACCUCCACGGAAUUAUGAACAAUAGUGACACCUAUGCUGCACUACUUCACCUCAUUGACAUGUACUUUAAAAGGACUACUGUUGCUGCUUUCAACUGA